UUACAGUCAACUCCACUGGGAGGCUGGUGAAGAGAGGGGAGGGCGGCUCUCUCUGGUUUCAGCUGGGCCUGAGGUCUUGGACUUGUCACCAGCUGACGGGGCACUCGGUUUCCAGCACACCACCUCGUCAUGGCCACGAAGGUGGACAGUAGGCCCGGGGGGCUCCCUGGCAGUGGCUGCGACCUAGGCACAGCCCGAGAGCACAUGCAGGCGGUCACCCGGAACUACAUUACCCACCCCCGAAUCACCUACAGGACUGUGUGCAGUGUCAAUGGACCCCUGGUGGUGCUGGACCAAGUCAAGUUUGCCCAGUAUGCUGAGAUCGUCAACUUCACCCUCCCUGAUGGGACUCGGAGGAGCGGGCAGGUGCUGGAGGUGGCCGGAACCAAGGCAAUUGUUCAGGUGUUCGAAGGAACCUCUGGGAUCGACGCCCAGAAGACAACCUGCGAGUUCACUGGGGAUAUCCUACGGACUCCAGUGUCAGAGGACAUGCUGGGUCGGAUCUUCAAUGGCUCUGGCAAACCUAUUGACAAGGGGCCAGCGGUCAUGGCGGAAGACUUCCUAGACAUCAAUGGCCAGCCCAUCAACCCUCACGACCGCAUCUACCCAGAAGAGAUGAUCCAGACGGGCAUCUCUCCCAUUGAUGUCAUGAACAGCAUUGCUCGUGGCCAGAAGAUCCCCAUAUUCUCAGCUGCAGGGCUCCCCCACAAUGAGAUUGCUGCCCAGAUCUGCCGUCAGGCUGGGCUGGUGAAGAAGUCAAAGGCUGUGCUGGAUUACCAUGAUGACAACUUCGCCAUCGUCUUUGCAGCUAUGGGGGUGAACAUGGAGACAGCCAGGUUCUUCAAAUCUGACUUCGAGCAGAAUGGCACCAUGGGAAACGUCUGCCUCUUCCUGAACCUGGCCAAUGACCCCACAAUUGAGCGGAUCAUCACUCCACGCCUGGCGCUGACUACGGCUGAGUUCCUCGCCUACCAAUGUGAGAAGCACGUGCUGGUCAUAUUGACUGACAUGAGCUCCUACGCAGAGGCCUUGAGAGAGGUCUCAGCUGCCAGAGAAGAGGUGCCUGGGCGCCGAGGCUUCCCUGGGUACAUGUACACAGACCUGGCCACCAUCUACGAGCGUGCAGGCCGAGUGGAGGGUCGGGGCGGCUCCAUCACCCAGAUCCCCAUCCUCACCAUGCCUAAUGAUGAUAUCACCCAUCCCAUCCCGGACCUGACAGGCUUCAUCACAGAGGGACAGAUCUACGUGGAUAGACAGCUGCAUAACAGACAGAUCUACCCCCCCAUCAACGUGCUCCCUUCCUUGUCUCGGCUGAUGAAGUCAGCCAUCGGGGAGGGCAUGACCAGAAAGGACCACGGAGAUGUCUCCAACCAGCUGUACGCUUGCUACGCCAUCGGGAAGGACGUGCAGGCCAUGAAGGCGGUGGUGGGCGAGGAGGCGCUCACCUCGGAGGACUUGUUGUACCUGGAAUUCCUGCAGAAAUUCGAGAAGAACUUCAUCAAUCAGGGCCCCUAUGAGAACCGCUCGGUGUUCGAGUCUCUGGAUCUGGGCUGGAAGCUGCUGCGCAUCUUCCCCAAGGAGAUGCUGAAGCGCAUCCCGCAGAGCGUGAUCGAAGAGUUCUACUCCCGCGAGGGGGCGCCGCAGGACCCGGUGUCGGACACCGCGCUCUAGCAGCUCACAGCCUGGCUCAGAGCGGACUCCGCCCCGCGCCCGCCUCCUACACACUGAACCAGCCCUUCUGCCCCCACCCUCUGUCCACCCCCCACAAUUACGGCGGUGGGGAUUCCUUCGCUCCACCCCUCUCCCUGAAUUCCCAACACUGGAAAAAGAACAGGAAGCUAAGCUUGUAUUGUCUUGCUUUGACCAAAGCAUCUUUAUUAAAAAAAUAAUAAUAAUUAAAUAAAAAGUAACCCAGA